GCGGCGAGUUGCAUUCUGGUUCCGUCGUGUGUCUGGCGUGUGGAGCUAGUGCUCCCGCUUAUUCGCCACUGUCGCCACCGCUGUCAUGAACCGCGAGAGCUUCGCGGCGGGAGAGCGGCUGGUGUCGCCGGCUUACGUGCGGCAGGGCUGUGAGGCCCGCCGCUCGCAUGAGCACCUCAUACGGCUGCUUCUGGAGAAGAGUCUCGCUCUUUCGCCCAGGCUGGAGUGCAGUGUCGCGAUCUCGGCUCACUGCAGCCUCCGCCUCCCGGGUUCACGCCAUUCUCCUGCCUCAGCCUCCCGAGUAGCUGGGACUACAGGCGCCCGCCACCACACCCGGUUAAUGUUUGUAUUUUUAGUAGACGUGGGGUUUCACCAUGUUGGCCAGGCAGAUCUCAAACUCCUGACUUCAAGUGAUCGGCCAUUCUUGGCCUUCCAAAGUGCUCGGAUUACAGGCGGCAAGUGUCCAGAGAAUGGCUGGGAUGAAAGUACACUUGAACUCUUUUUACAUGAACUUGCAAUCAUGGACAGCAACAAUUUCUUAGGCAAUUGUGGUGUGGGAGAAAGGGAAGGGAGAGUGGCAUCCGCACUGGUUGCUCGUCGUCAUUACAGGUUCAUUCAUGGCAUUGGACGAUCGGGUGAUAUUUCUGCUGUGCAACCAAAAGCUGCAGGCUCUAGCCUUUUGAACAAAAUUACCAAUUCUUUGGUCCUGGACAUUAUAAAGCUGGCUGGUGUCCAUACAGUAGCCAACUGCUUUGUAGUUCCUAUGGCAACUGGUAUGAGUCUAACUCUGUGUUUCUUAACAUUACGACACAAAAGACCAAAGGCAAAGUAUAUUAUAUGGCCACGAAUAGACCAGAAGUCCUGCUUUAAAUCCAUGAUCACUGCAGGUUUUGAGCCUGUGGUGAUAGAAAAUGUUUUGGAAGGUGACGAGCUGCGUACAGACCUGAAAGCAGUGGAGGCUAAAGUCCAGGAACUUGGGCCUGAUUACAUUCUGUGUAUUCAUUCUACUACAUCCUGUUUUGCUCCAAGGGUGCCUGAUAGAUUAGAAGAACUGGCUGUGAUUUGUGCUAAUUAUGACAUUCCACAUAUAGUUAAUAAUGCUUAUGGAGUGCAGUCUUCAAAGUGUAUGCAUCUCAUUCAGCAGGGGGCUCGAGUUGGUAGAAUAGAUGCUUUUGUUCAGAGCUUGGACAAAAAUUUUAUGGUUCCAGUAGGUGGCGCUAUAAUUGCUGGCUUUAAUGAUUCCUUCAUUCAGGAAAUCAGCAAGAUGUAUCCAGGAAGAGCUUCAGCUUCACCUUCUUUAGAUGUCCUUAUUACUUUAUUGUCUCUUGGAUCAAAUGGCUAUAAGAAGCUACUAAAAGAAAGAAAGGAAAUGUUUUCAUAUUUGUCCAACCAAAUAAAGAAGUUGUCAGAAGCCUACAAUGAAAGACUGUUGCAUACACCUCACAAUCCCAUAUCUUUAGCUAUGACACUUAAAACACUAGAUGAACACCGUGACAAAGCUGUCACUCAGCUUGGCUCGAUGCUUUUUACCAGACAGGUUUCUGGAGCCAGGGUUGUGCCUCUUGGGUCCGUGCAAACUGUGAGUGGCUAUACUUUCAGAGGCUUUAUGUCACAUACAAAUAAUUACCCUUGUGCUUACCUCAAUGCUGCAUCAGCCAUCGGAAUGAAGAUGCAGGAUGUGGACCUGUUCAUAAAGAGACUUGACAGGUGUUUAAAGGCAGUAAGAAAAGAACAAAGUAAAGAGAGUGAUGACAAUUAUGACAAAACUGAAGAUGUGGAUAUUGAAGAAAUGGCUUUAAAACUAGAUAAUGUACUUCUUGACACAUACCAGGAUGCUUCUUCAUGACAUGCAAAGGGUUUCUUCUUGAUCAUUUGAAAGAAAUGAUAAGGCUGUAGUACAAGCAAGCAGUUUAAAUAUAAGACUUGAGAUUUUUGAAUUGAGAAUUUCAUGGGAAUAUUCAGUCAAGGAGCAGACUGUGGUCUGAACUAGCCAUUGAUGAUUGUUAAGUUUCCCAUUCUUAGACUGCAUCAAUCCUUGUGAUCCUUAACAGGUUAUAAUAUACAAUUAGCAUUUUUCUAAUUGUUAGAAUAUCUGUCAAUUAAGCAUCAUGACUCAGAUAAUUUUUACUAGUGUAAUGACAGUAAAAUUACCUUCAAUUCUCUUUGAAAUGUAGAGUGCUUCCUCCUAACCAUUCUUUACCAUUUCUGAUCACACAGAAUUGAGAAAGCUCUCUUAGGCCACUAGUUACUAGUUGUUUGUUGAGAUGUGUAAGUCACAGUGUGCCUGUAAAAUGGACAUUCCCCAAGGAAGCAGAGUCAAGGUAUAAACUUUCGUUUUGACUCAAAAGCAGUGGGUCUCAACUGGGGAUGAUUCGCUUAUCUGAACAGCAUCUGCAGACAUUUUUGGUUGUCACAAUUGGUGGGAUGCUGUUAACAUCUAGAGGAUAGAGGCCAGGGUGUGCUACUCAACAUCCUACAAUGCAUGGGACAACUCCCACAAUAAAGAAUUAUCCAGCCCAAAAUGUCAUUAGUGCUGAGGUUGAGAAAUACUCCUCUAAAGUAGAUAAACUCCUUGAGUAAAGAGAAGUUUACCAUAGCAACUUUCAGUAGUACUUCAAAGAAGGUAGCUGUAUAAAUGACAUCAAACUAUACUAUAUAGAGAAUCUUAAGUGAUAACCAGGGUCACGGAUUCCAAACAUGUCAUUAUAAAUUGUUUUAUAUGGCACUCACUGGUGCAUUUUUCCUUUUGGAUAAGGGAAAACAUUAUUCCACUUACUGUUUUUGCUUUAAGCAGCCUGCAUAUAUUGUUUAGUUUGUUCAGAUGUUGUGCACAGACAUCAUCAAAAUUAGCUAACAUGGGUAUUUUUGAACAUAUUUUUGCCAGGAAGAUGAAAAUCACAUAGUAUGAUAAACAGGUAUAUUCCCCUCUACUUGCCCAUGUGCUCAUUUUUCUGAGUCUGAAAUUCCAGACUUACUGGCUUUAACAAUAAUUUUUGUUGUUAAUUUAAGAAAUAGACUUAUUUAAGACUAUUUUAAGAAAUAGAUAUGUCAUAGCCUGAAGAUUUACUGAAGCUUCUGAACAUGCCACCAUGCCAAAGCUAUGUUUCUCAAAACCAGCUCUGUGGAUCAUGUUCCUAAAAGAUGCUCAUGGGGAGAAAAUGUUUACAGACAAAUAAUUUUGGGAGCUGCCUUUGCAAACCUGCCUGUUGGCAUACUGAAGGCUCUAAGAAUUCCUUCACUAAAUAACCCAGUUUUAAUAUAUCCUUAUCCAAAGAGAAACUCAUUUUUUUAAAGUGAAAUAUUUGUUAACAGCCCAUUGAACAUACUUUUAAAAAACACUAUGGUAGAGAAUGCUGUGUUGCCUUCUGGGUUGCAUUUUUCUUAUUGAUUUGGAAUUGUAACCUAUGUAUGAGAAAGGGAUUUUCUGGUAUUUUGGUGACAUUGUACAUUGUCCCAGACUGUUUGUAAACAUGAGCUCAGACAGAUACUACUUCCUUUAAUGUGUAAGGUAGACGCCUAUGGUCACUGGCUUGACCACCUUGAAAGUCAAUGACUAUUUUGAGAUGAAGUAUUUAACUAUGAAUAUCAUGAAGGUUAUUUAAAAAUGUAUUUAUUUUAUCUUUGGGGUUCAAACAUUAAAAAAAUUUACAUAGGUGUAGUAACUCAUUUCAAGGGAAUAAAUACUGGUUUAAAAAGUGUAAAUUUUUCAUGAGAAUUUGGGACUAAAUUGCUGAACCAAUAAAGCUGAAGAGUUGCAACCUCUAGAGUCAAAAAAGGGAUUGAAAUGUUGUUGCAAAUGUAAAUGCUGGCAGUGCAGCUUGCUAUACAUGUAAGCCAAAAUUGUUUUAUAGAACAAGUGAUCUAUAUUGUUGUGAUCAUCAUUUAGCUUAAGAAAGGCCAGAGCUGGGAGAGUAGCAAAUGUUUUCUCAUCUGCAGUGUAUCAGCAGUUCUUGGGCUUCAGCUGCUGAAUAGAUAAUAAUUCUAAUUGAACAUAAAUUACAUGAACUCACAUGUGAAUGAUAGAUAUGUUACAAUAUUUCAUUCCUGAUGCAGAAAAUCAGCUGUGGUUUUUAUUAUUAACCCUUUCUUUUUCAGUGGUUUUGGAAUUCUAGCUCUAUUCCUCCUGGCUUAAAAUUUGAGGGCAUAGAAUUCACAAGAGUUUUUGAAGAGUUCUGUCUAUUCAGGCUUUCCUUUGUCCCCACCCUAGUGUCAUUUUCACUCACUCCCAUUUCCACACAUAAGUAUUAAAAAGGAUGUAUUUAUUAUAAUUCGCUAGUGCUGAUUGGUAAGACUCAUAAUUGGCCUUUGUUAUCUUUGUACUGUGACGAAGGCAGUGGAUGAUACAUUACCAAUCAUUGCCAAAGAUAACCUCUUCUAUCUUUUUGACCCAACUACCCUUAUUAAAACUAUCAGGUAAAAUAUUGGAGUUAGGUUUUUAAAGUCAUUGGGCUGUGGCAGUGUGCUUAGAAAAGAAAAUGGUGGAACAUAGAAUAUUCUUUUGGUCACUACACAAUGUGUUACUUACACAUGGCAGGGAGAGGAAUUUUAAAUCAAACUCGCAGUUUGGUUCUUAGGUCCUCUGCUGAUGAAUUCUCGCUCUAUCAGGGAAUGAUAUGUGACGCCAGCCUUAGGAACCUGGUGUUCAACUGUAAAUCUUUCUAUUUAGCUUUUUGUAUUAGUUGAAUGAAGUUAUAGAAUAUGAAUUAUUGAAUACAGUUCUGUUCAGCCAAUAGGCACUUGAUAUACAGAAUGGUAAAUUUAAAUAUAAAUUAAAUUUUUCUAAUAUUAUGAUCAGCACUUCACUGUGGUUGUAUGUCUUUAACCACCUCAUAAUAAGAACUGUUAUUGAGGACUGGGCUACAGAAAGUGCUUAGACUACAUCUAUGGCUUCCAUAGAUUUUAGUAAAAUUUAAACAGAUAAUUUGUGUUUACUGCUGAUGUUACUUUAAUAUUGAAUUAGUAGUUCAUCCUGAGAGUUAUAUUUCACAGAGGAAAAUAACCAACAGCGGAAAACAACAAUAAUAAAGCUCUGGUGAGUCUGACUCAUACUCGGAGAAAGUUUUUGGAAUACAUACACAUUUGGUGCAUAUAAGAGUUGGUUUUCCUUUUCCCACUUUCUGAGAUGUACUAACUUCUGCCAGAUCCUUAAAUGAUUUUGUUAUGUUUUGCAUUUUUGAGGCCAACCUUAUUUUGUAACUGAAAAAAGUCCAGUUUUGCAUACACAGAAAUUUGGUCAUUUUAGAAGUCUCACAACCUGAAUAGUUUGAUAAUAAUUGAAUAUGCUAUUAACAGCUUUUUAAGAAAAGGUUCUAUUAGUCAGUUUUUUCCUUGUCUGUCAUAUUAUGUUGGUUAAUGUCUCUUAUGGCCAGUCUUAGUAGACAGACCUAACACUCACUGCAUCCUUUUGUGCCUUACUUUUUACUUUCCUUUUGCCCUUUUGGUAUGUGCACAUGUAAGAUGGUAAGUUUAAGGCUAAUGAAUAUAUGUUUGUAAUUUCCUACUCACUACUCUGCAGUUAAAGCUAAGGCCUUAGGCAAAAUCUAGAAAUGUUUAUAUUGUUUUGUUUUUUAUCAAGUGGUGUCAACUUGAGAAAUACAAAGAAAGGCUAUGCUUAACUGUAUAACCAUGGGGGAUUUUAGCCAUGAGAAUAUGAAGCUGAUGUCAGCCUGCUAACCUGUUUUACCAAAAGGAAAAGAUGUUUCCAAAAAUGUUUUCGGUGUAGACUGUUUAAAGUUAAAAAUAAAUUAUAUGAUUUAUUAUAUGAAAUAAA